AUGCCCAUCUAUGUCAAGUUUCUGAAGGAUGUGGUCUCCAACAAGAGGAGAUGGAUGGAGUAUGAGACGAUGAAUCUGACUGAAAGCUGCAGCGCCAUUAUUCAGAAGAAGCUGCCAGCUAAACUGAAGGAUCCAAAAAGUUUUACCAUCUCUUGCAUAGUAGGAGAUUUUCAAGAAGGGAGAUCUCUAUGUGAUCUAGGGGCGAGCAUCAAUUUGAUGUCUUAUUCGUUCUUCCAGAAAUGGAAGAUUGGAAUGCUCAGGCCCACUACAAUAUCACUGCAGAUGGCUGACAGAACAAUGUCGUACCCUAAGGGAAUUGUGGAGGACAUACUUGUCAAAGUCGGGGAAUUAUUUUUCCAGCCGACUUUGUAG